AGUGGACAAAAUAAAGUAAACAGGAGCUGUCAUUAGAGCCACAGAUGAAAACACCUGCCGUCAAACGCAGGGACUAAAUAUUUAUUCAACGUUUUGCUUCUUGGUAAAAACAUCUGCAUGACAAACCGGGACGAGUUGUAAUAAAGGUUUUGUAGGGACACAAGAGACCUGUCCUGCGAUGUUCACAGACAUGGACUAUGAGCUGGAGGAGGACAAACUAGGGAUCCCAACAGUACCUGGUACUGUGUGUCUGAAGAAAGAUGCUCAGAACCUCAUUGGCAUCAGCAUUGGUGGUGGAGCUCAGUACUGUCCUUGUCUUUACAUCGUCCAGGUCUUUGAUAACACCCCAGCAGCUCUGGAUGGGACUCUGGCAGCAGGAGAUGAAAUAACAGGCGUUAAUGGAAAACCAGUGAAGGGAAAGACUAAAGUGGAGGUGGCCAAGAUGAUUCAGGCUGUUCAGGGGGAAGCAACGAUUCACUACAACAAACUGCAGGCUGACCCCAAACAGGGGAAGUCUCUGGAUAUAGGUUGGGUUGCUGAAAAAGUCAAACAUCGGCUGGUGGAGAACAUGAGCUCAGGCACCGCAGACGCCCUGGGCCUGAGCAGAGCCAUUCUAUGUAACGACGGACUCGUUAAAAGACUGGAAGAACUGGAGAAGAAACUGCAGAAACUGUACAAAGGUAGAGAUUCAUCCUGUAAAUGACAUCAUCAAAGGCUGCUCCGAGCUUUCUAUGAGCUCUCCCAGACCCACAGAGCGUUCGGAGACGUUUCUCCGUCAUCGGGUUCGGAGCCUCAGGCUGCAGCCAGCGAGGCCUUCGUGAAGUUCGCUGAUGCUCAUCGGAGCAUUGAGAAAUACGGGAUUCAGCUGCUGAAGACCAUCAAGCCUAUGCUCCACGACCUGAACACAUACCUUCACAAGGCUAUACCAGACACAAAACUCACCAUCCGCAAGUACCUGGAUGUGAAGUUUGAGUAUCUGUCUUACUGCCUGAAGGUGAAGGAAAUGGACGAUGAAGAGUACAGCAGUAUUGCCAUGGGCGAGCCUCUGUACCGGGUCAGCACUGGGAACUACGAGUACCGGCUGGUUCUGCGAUGCCGGCAGGAAGCCCGCGCUCGCUUCGCCAAAAUGAGGAAGGAUGUUCUGGAGAAGAUCGAGCUGCUGGAUCAGAAGCACGUCCAGGACAUCGUGUUCCAGCUGCAGCGCUUCGUCUCCGGCAUGUCCCGCUACUACGACGAGUGCUACGCUGUCCUGAAGGAGGGCGGACGUCUUCCCCAUCGAGGUGACCUGUCCCGCACCAUGAUCAACUACAGCAGCCAGUCGUCCUACACUGAGGAGGAGGAGGAGGAGGAGGGAGGAAGCAGCGCAGGCGGACAAACAGAGAACGGCGCCGAGAAGCUGAUUGAUGAUGAAUGAGAGCGUGCAGGCCUGCUGCAGCUGCUAACAGGCCAACACACUCCCUGAACACAACACUGGGCUCAUCACUACUGAAUGUUGCUGCUAAUGAUGCUGACCUUCAUCUGCUGGUUGUGUUUUCAUCCUGGAUCAGCGGUGAUUUGUUUACUGUAUCAGUUCAACAGUACCUUUCCUCUAAAUGUUUAAGUUACAGAAAGGAGUGAGUGUAAAAAGAGGAACAACUGAGUGAAGGUUUAUUCUUUUCUAUUAUGAUUCAGCAGCCUCCUUGCUUUAAUCAAGUCAUUUACCUGCUUUUUAGCCACCUGGACGUAAAUAUUAGGUCUCAGUACAGUAAUAUCUGAGUUCGUAUCAGUAGGAUUUAUUUAAAAAGGAAACAACAGCAGCUCUCAGCUUUUACACCAAAGUGGAUUUCUUUUAUUCAUGCUUCAACUAAUUCAUGGCUGCAACAGCUUCACCAUGAUGUCAUAUCUACAAAUGUGGACAACGGUUCACUUGUUCACUUUAUUUAUUCUUUCUAUCAUGACGUGUUUGUGUGCCUGCUUUCUGCCAGAGGUCUGGUCACGGUGCAUCAUGAGGGGGCAGCAUCGCAUCAUAUCACUGUCCUACAGCGAGCAGCGGUGCAGUUACUCACUCUUUUACUUCUUCACUCAUGCAUUAUUUAGAUGUGGAGUAAAACGGACCUGACGUUGUUUUUUUCUGGGACCAACAUCUGGAGCUUUAUUCACUACAUGAACCUUAGAUUAGAAAACUCCGUUUGUACCGCAAAUAAACGUUAUUGUCAACUCAA